AUGAUGUGUGAGGUGAUGCCCACUAUCUCUGAGGAUGGUCGUGGAGGCGGGGGCACUGGGGGCGGGGUGGAGGGGGGUGGGGGUGUGGGCGGAGCAGGCAGUUUGGAGAGUGUGAUGGUGAACAUGCUGACGGAGAGAGAGAGACUGUUGGAGAGUUUGAGAGAGACACAGGACAGCCUCGCCACUGCACAGCUUCGCCUGCGAGAACUCAGCCAUGAAAAGGAAUCUUUACAAAGGCAACUCUCUAUCGCACUACCACAGGAGUUUGCAGUGUUGACCAAGGAGCUGAAUUUAUGUAGAGAGCAGCUGUUAGAAAGAGAGGAGGAGAUUGCUGAACUCAAGGCAGAGAGAAAUAACACACGGUUACUGCUGGAGCAUUUGGAGUGUCUGGUCUCUCGUCAUGAGCGUUCUCUGAGGAUGACUGUGGUGAAGAGGCAAGCCCAGUCUCCUGCUGGCGUCUCCAGUGAGGUGGAAGUCCUCAAAGCCCUCAAGUCUCUGUUUGAACAUCACAAAGCCCUGGACGAGAAGGUGCGGGAAAGGCUUCGUGUUGCUCUGGAGAGAGUCUCUCAGUUAGAGGAUCAACUGGCAGCAUCUACUCAAGAGGUAAAAUCUUUAAGAGAACAGAUUAAAAGACGACAGCACGGUUUGGACAGCGGCAAAGAUCGCCUGCCAAACGGACCCUCCCUGCAGGAGGACAGUGAGCUGGAGCGACAGAGAGAAGGAGAGAUAGAGAGACAGAGGGUCGAACUCUCGCAGCUGAAAGAAAGACUAGCACUCAUGUGCCGACAGGUGGGAGAAAUUGAGGAGCAGCUUGUAGCUGCUAGGAGGGAGGUGACCAAAUCAGAAGAGGCCAAUCAGAAACUCCAGAGGGAAGUGAAAGAGGCCUUGUGUCAGAGGGAGGAUAUGGAGGAGAGAAUAACCACACUGGAGCGCAGGUACCUGAGUGCCCAGCGCGAAGCCACCUCUCUACACGACAUUAAAGACAAACUGGAGAAUGAACUGGCCAGCAAAGAGUCCCUGUACCGACAGAGUGAAGAGAAGAACAGGUAUUUACAGGAGCGUUUGGACGAAGCCAAACAGAAGCUUCAGCAGACUCUCCAGCGGGCGGAGACGCUGCCUGAGAUUGAAGCUCAGCUGGCACAGAGAGUGGCUGCUCUCAACAAGGCGGAGGAGCGUCACGGGAACUUUGAGGAGCGACUGCGACAGCUGGAAGCACAACUGGAGGAGAAGAACCAAGAACUACAGAGAGCAAGACAGAGAGAGAAAAUGAAUGAUGAACACAACAAACGUCUGUCGGACACAGUGGACAAACUGCUCUCCGAGUCCAACGAGAGACUACAGCUCCACCUGAAGGAGAGGAUGGCUGCUCUGGAGGACAAGAACACUCUCUCAGAGGAGCUGGCCAACAUGAAGAAGAUUCAAGAUGACCUUUUAGCAAACAAGGACCAGCUGAUAGCUGAGCUGGAGAGGGUUCAGCUGGAGUUAGACCAGCUCAGGGGAAGAUCUUCCACCUACUCCAGGACGGGCAGUGCCAGUUCCCUGCCCUCCACCCUCUUCCGGCGGUCUCUCCCAGGCUCAGUGUCCGAGCUGCGGUUUCUCCCGCCUGGCGGGUCUCUCCCGGCCGGGUAUAGCAGCUCAGGUGCCACAACAGGCCGUAGGUCACACCGGGGUCGCUGGGGUCACUCCAGGGAGGAACCUGGCAAGUAUGGGGAAUGGGAUGGCAGUGGGUGCUCUGAUGAGGAGGAGGAGGAUGAGGAAGGGGAGAGGCUCGUUGGCUCGGAGCUGCUGUCGCCCAGUGGACAGACAGAUGUCCAGACUCUGGCCAUUAUGCUGCAGGAACAACUGGAGGCCAUUAACAAGGAGAUCAAGCUCAUUCAGGAGGAGAAGGAGAGCACUGAACUGAGAGCAGAGGAGAUUGAGAGCCGUGUCAGCAGUGUGGUCGUGGAUGAUCCUCUCAUCCCUCCAUCCUCACUAGGCGGAGGAAGAGACGGAGGGAGGGGUAUCAUCACUCCAUCACUCACCUCCUCCACCCUGGCCUCUCCCUCACCCCCCAGCUCUGAUCCAUCCACCCCACAGCUCCCCUCAGGCUCACCUGCUAGAGACCCUGACAGACAGAACAGCAAAGACGACGAGAAAGCUCUGGUUCUGGUGGAUUCAGCUCCGCCCCCCGUGCCACGAGCGUUGCGAUUGGACAGAAUGACUCACACACACCCAGGGGCGGGUCUGGAUGAUCACCGUGAGUUCCAAAGUCUCUCAGUGGAUGGAGGCAUAUCUGCGAGCAGUACAGACUCUCUCCAUAAGUCCAGUAAGAAGAAGAGCAUCAAGUCGUCGAUCGGCCGACUGUUUGGGAAAAAAGAGAAAGGAAGAGUGGGCGGAGCUGGCCGUGAGUCUUCCUCUGCAGCGUCUACACCAUGUGAUGAACUGAACUCAGAGCUGCUGAAACUGUCAUCUACCACAGAGAAACAGCGUCGCAGUAAGAAGAAACUGGACCUGCUGGAGGAGGCCUGUCGACAGGGGCUCCCAUUUGCAUCCUGGGACGGUCCUACAGUGGUCACAUGGCUGGAGCUGUGGGUGGGGAUGCCAGCGUGGUACGUAGCAGCGUGUCGUGCCAACGUGAAAAGUGGUGCAAUCAUGGCUAACCUGUCGGACACAGAGAUCCAGCGAGAGAUCGGGAUCAGUAACCCUCUCCACCGUCUCAAACUUAGACUGGCCAUCCAGGAGAUGGUGUCUCUGACCAGCCCCUCAGCUCCGUCCAGCACACGCUCUUCCACCACUAACAUAUGGAUGACUCACGCAGAGAUGGAGUCACUGACAGCAGCCACAAAACCUGAACAGAAGGAGAUCAGCUGGGAGCAGAUCCUGGCCUAUGGAGACAUGAACCAUGAGUGGGUGGGGAAUGAGUGGCUUCCCAGUCUGGGUUUGCCCCAGUACAGGAGCUACUUCAUGGAGUCACUGGUGGACGCCCGCAUGCUGGACCACCUGACCAAGAAAGAGCUGAGAGGACAACUGAAAAUGGUGGACAGUUUCCACAGGGUGAGUCUGCAUUAUGGCAUCAUGUGUUUGAAGCGUUUGAACUACGACAGAAAAGAGCUAGAACGCAGGAGAGAGGAGAGCCAGAAUGAAAACAGAGAUGUGGUGGUGUGGACGAAUGAGCGUGUGAUGUGUUGGGUACAGUCUAUAGGGCUGCGGGAGUUUGCUGAUAAUCUGACUGAGAGUGGCGUUCACGGUGCUUUGCUGGCUCUGGAUGACACCUUUGAUUACACAGAUCUGGCCCUGCUACUGCAGAUCCCCACUCAGAACACACAGGCUCGUCAGCUACUGGAGAAAGAGUACAGCUCACUCAUCGCUAUGGGCACAGAGAGGAGGCUAGAUGAGGACGGCACUAAGCCCUUCACACGUUCCCCGUCAUGGAGGAGAAUGUUCCAGGAGAAAGAUCUCCGUGGUGUGACCUCUGACCCCUCAGAGACACUACCUGCCAACUUCCGUGCCUCAGCCCUGUCGACGCCCACUGUCACCCUGCGCAAAGUCCAAAGUGAAGUGAACUCAGGUUCCAGGGCAGAGGCAGGCUCUGUGAGGACAUACUCAUGCUAA